AAAUCGUACUCAUAACAAUGGCGGACGCAGAGGAAGAAUCCUGUGAAAACUCGACACGAAACGCCAGAAAAUGUAAAGAUAUAUCAGCAUUUUUUGUGAAAAGAGAUUUGAGAGCAAAGAGAAAGCAGAUUUCGGCAAUUUUGAGGAAAGUGAGGGAUGAAAGAACACCUGAAGAGGAUAAAAUACUCACAGAUCAUGCCGAUCUUGUACGAUCCAUUGAACGGAAUUCAAGAGCUAGGCAACGGAUGUUAAACAGAAAAGUCGAAAAAUUGGACAAUGAAAAUGAACUAGAAGAAAAAUGCGCUCAGUUAGCUUUAGCGAUUAGAGACUCAAAAAAUAUGGUAAUUUAUACUGGGGCUGGGAUCAGCACUGCUGCAAGUAUUCCUGAUUACAGAGGCCCAAAUGGCGUCUGGACUAAAAUUCAAAAGGGCGAGGCACCUAGAGCCUGCGAUCCUUCCUUUGCUGUACCGACGUGUACUCAUAUGGCACUUGCUGAGCUGCAUAGACGUUCGCUGAUUAAGCACAUAGUAUCGCAGAAUUGUGAUGGUUUACACCUUCGAUCGGGUAUUCCACGCUCCAAUCUAAGUGAGCUUCAUGGUAAUAUGUUUAUUGAAUUAUGUCCAUUGUGCGGUAAAGAAUACGUUCGCCUCUUUGAUGUAACGGAAAAAACUUCGCUACGCAAGCAUUCUACUGGUCGUAAAUGCUAUUGUGGAAAUGAUUUAAAAGAUACAAUAGUUCAUUUUGGUGAAAAAGGAGGUCUUGGUUCACCUCAACGCUGGCCUGAAGCUCGAGCAGCCGCUGAGAAAGCAGAUUCUAUACUUGUUCUCGGUUCUUCGCUCAAAGUACUAAAAAAGUACUCGUGCCUUUGGCGGACUGACAAAGCUGUUAAUCAAAGGCCAAAUUUGUAUAUUGUAAAUUUGCAGUGGACACCCAAAGAUGAUGUUGCAAAGCUGAAAGUUCACGCUACUUGCGAUGUUGUCAUGAAACUUGUAAUGCAGCACCUCGGUCUUUCUAUUCCUGAUUACGUUCCCCAAUUAGAUCCUCUUUUUAAGACGGCCAAGCCUUUGAAAAGAAGCGAAUUUUCAACAACAACAAGGGUUAGCCUAAUGCCCCCUCUGACACCCCUUCCCGUCGGAGGAGAUCAUAGUUACGCUGCUUAUGGAAUAUACUGUCAGAAUUAUGACGACGAAACAGAAGAAAAACCGGAAAUAAAGGAAGAAACUAUAGAAGAAACUAUGGAAUACGAAGAAGUAAACACGGAUCCGAUUAAUUGUACGAAAAAAGUAACAACUCAACCAGGAUGGUUUGGAAAAGGUCUAAAAAAGCAGACGACUUAUGGUUUAUUCGGUAAAAGGAAGAGAAGAAAAUUGAUUACUGUUGCUACGUAAAAAACAGAUCUUUUUAUGAUGAUAAUUCAACUAUUAUGUAGUUUUUUUUUCGGGGGAGGGAAACAUUAUUUUUUCUCUAUUAAUAUUGGGAAAUUGCCUUUUUUUUGGGGAGAAAGAUAUAUUUAAUACAGCUGUGCUUUUAGCAAUAUUUA